GAAUCUUCAGAUCAGCAAUGGCUGCUGAGUCUCCCCGCCGCCCAAGCCGGUGUACCGGAGGAGUGGUGGUUCGCCCACAGGCUGUCACGGAACAGUCCUACAUGGAAAGCGUUGUUACAUUUCUGCAAGAUGUUGUUCCGCAGGCCUACAGUGGCACACCCCCAACAGAAGAAAAAGAGAAAAUUGUAUGGAUCAGAUUUGAAAAUGCGGACUUGAAUGAUACAUCAAGAAACAUGGAGUUGCAUGAGAUACACAGUGCUGGGAAUGAGCCACCUUUGCUGCUAAUGAUUGGCUACAGUGAUGGGAUGCAGAUAUGGAGUAUACCUAUCAGCGGCGAGGCUCAAGAGCUCUACUCCGUCCGACACGGCCCUGUCCGAGCUGCUCGAAUCUUGCCAUCACCACAGAUCAGUCCUCAGAAGUGUGACAGCUUUGCUGAGAAGAGACCUCUCCUUGCCAUGUGCAAAAGCAUUGGAUCUUCUGGCACCAGCCCCCCAUACUGCUGCGUGGACCUCCACUCUUUGCGGACCGGAGAAAUGGUCAAAUCCAUACAGUUCAAAACGCCUAUUUACGAUCUUCACUGCAACAAACGGAUCCUCGUCGUAGUCUUGCAGGAAAAAAUCGCUGCCUUUGACAGCUGCACCUUCACCAAAAAGUUCUUUGUUACCAGCUGCUACCCUUGUCCAGGGCCAAACAUGAAUCCUGUAGCUCUGGGAAGCCGGUGGCUUGCUUAUGCUGAAAACAAGCUGAUCCGGUGCCAUCAGUCCCGCGGUGGGGCCUGUGGAGACAACAUCCAGUCCUACACAGCCACAGUCAUCAGCGCAGCCAAAACAAUAAAAACUGGACUUACCAUGGUUGGGAAAGUGGUGACCCAGUUGACGGGGACUCUUCCGUCAGGAGCGACAGAAGAAGAGAUCUUGGCUCACAGCAAUACUCGCCGCAGCCCCUUGGUGCCUGGAAUCGUCACUGUCAUUGAUAUGGAGACGGUUGGUGAAGGACAGGUGCUUGUGAGUGAAGACUCAGAUAGUGACGGAAUUGUGGCGCACUUCCCCGCACAUGAGAAACCCAUCUGCUGUAUGUCUUUCAACCCUAGUGGCAUGCUUCUGGUCACAACAGACACUCUAGGCCAUGAUUUCCAUGUGUUCCAAAUACUGACCCAUCCCUGGUCAUCUUCGCAAAGUGCGGUCCAUCACUUGUACACCUUGCAUCGCGGGGAGACCGAAGCCAAAGUGCAAGACAUUUCCUUCAGCCACGACUGCCGCUGGGUGGUGGUCAGCACUCUCCGGGGCACAUCCCAUGUCUUCCCCAUCAACCCAUACGGAGGGCAGCCCUGUGUCCGCACACACAUGUCGCCACGGGUGGUGAACCGCAUGAGCCGCUUCCAGAAGAGCGCGGGGCUAGAAGAGAUUGAACAGGAGCUGACAUCCAAACAGGGUGGCCGUUGCAGUCCGGUCCCAGGGCUUUCGAGCAGCCCGUCUGGUUCUCCUCUUCACGGCAAACUGAACAGUCAAGACACGUACAACAAUUUCACCAACAACAAUCCCGGCAACCCGCGGCUUUCUCCUCUUCCGAGCCUGACGGUGGUGGUGCCUCUCGCUCAAAUCAAGCAACCCAUGACUCUGGGGACCAUCACCAAACGCACAGGCAAAAGCAAACCAGCGCCACAAAUCUCACCCAGCAAAUCUCUGGGCGGAGAGUUCUGCGUUGCUGCCGUCUUUGGGUCCUCGAGGUCUUGGUUUGCCAGCAACCCAGGUCUGAAAAGAGAAAAAGAGCAGUCCAAACAGUUUGUAGUGGAGUCUUUGUAUAUCUUCAGCUGCUACGGUACUUUGGUGGAGCACAUCUUGGAACCCCGACCGCUCAGCACCGCCCCAAAGAUCAGCGACGACACCCCACUGGAGAUGGUCACUUGUCCAAGGGCCAGCUGGACGCUGGUUAGAACUCCCCUGUGGAAUGAACUGCAGCCGCCCUUCAACGCCAAUCAUCCUCUCCUCCUGGCUGUGGACGCCGUGCAGUGCUACCAGUAUCUGCUCGUGGGCUUGGUUCCACCGGGAAGCCCGGGACCCAUCACUCGGCACGAAUCCUAUGACAGCUUGGCCUCUGACCACAGCGGACAGGAGGACGAAGAGUGGCUUUCUCAGGUGGAAAUUGUGACCCACACCGGACCUCACCGGCGCCUGUGGAUGGGCCCCCAGUUCCAGUUCAAAACGAUUCACCCUUCCGGCCAAACGACGGUCAUUUCAUCCAGCUCUUCAGUCCUCCAGUCCCACGGCCCCAACGAUACCCCGCAGCCUCUCCUGGACUUCGAUACAGAUGAUCUGGACCUAAACAGCCUCAGGAUCCAGCCUGUUCGCUCCGAACCUGUGAGCAUGCCAGGGUCAUCCCGCCCAACUUCAGACCGCAGAGGGAUUUCUACAGUGGUCGACGCCACCUCAGGUGCCUUCGAUCGGAGCAUGACCCUGCUGGAAGUCUGUGGGAGCUGGCCCGAGAGCUUCGGUCUCCGCCACAUGUCUUCCGUCGAACACACGGACGAGGGCCUUAGGGAACGGCUGGCCGAUGCCAUGUCCGAGUCGCCCAGUAGGGACAUAGUGGGAUCUGGAACAGAACAGGCCCAGCCUCCACAGUCGCUUCCAAACGCAGACACUCCCAAGCGCCUCUCCCCGAAGCGAGUGGGAGUGCCCCCCAGGUCAAGAAGAGCUGCAGCGAGAAGGAAGCAUCGAGACUCUCAGUAACAGCUCGGGUUCCACCAGCGGAAGCAUUCCACGCACCUUCGACGGCUAUCGAUCACCUCUUCCGACGAACGAGAGCCAGCCAUUGAGCCUGUUCCCGACCGGCUUCCCGUAAGCAAGUCCCACCCGUCCAGGAGAGAGAGAAAUCCGAUUGGCCAACCACCCGAUGAUCUGCAAAGUCUCUUGACCUGCAUUUCACCCAAAGGUUGACUCCAGCGUUGGAUGGUUCUUGUUCCCCUAAGAAACACGGACAACCCCGGCUGCUUAAAAUCCCUUCAGGAACUGCUUAAAUCCCUUCAGGAACGAACAAAAUACCAAAUUUGCUGUACCGUGCAAUAUGAAUAAGGAGUCUGUCCCUCCUUGAUCCUAAGAGGUCUUUCGCUGUCCUUUUCCAGCCUCGAAAUAAUGUCGGAAAGGCUGCUUUGAGAAAGUAUUUUAAACAGGGUUGGGGUUUGGGUUUUUUUGCUUUCUUUACCAUAACCUGCUCCCUUUCCCCACACGGUGAACAGAGACCUCUUCUCAAAACCCUGAGUAGCAUCGCUUAAAAAAUUGUAACAGAGCUGCCAUACAUAUCUGGAGAUGGGCAUAAUGGUUCUGGAAAACUGGGGCUAGGAGCAGGGUCCACUGUGUGACACAGAUUGAUGGACUGGGUGGGCCAUUGGCCUGAUCCAACAUGGCUUCUCUUAGGUUGUAAUGUUCAUGUAACUCUUUGAAGGAAAAGAAAAAAUCCAGAACAUUCGUGGAGUUAAAAAAAAAUAAUCAAGGAUUAUCUCCAAAGUGGACAAUGGUUUAUUUGCGCCCCCAUCCAUCACGGUUCUCCAUCUUCCCCAGGGAUAUUUGAUCGAUGCCAAGAGUAUUACAGACGAGGGCUGUUUCUUUUUCAGCUGUGGGGAGAAUGAUUUUUGAUGGUUCCAUGUAUUUUAGAAGUAUCCUUAAUUUCUAAGUCACAAAUCUCUCUCGAAUGUGCUUUUGGAACUCAGCUCUAUCCCCAAAUGCAUGCUAUCUGGAAUAAAUGUCUAUGGUGAAA